GGUGAAGGUAAGGGUUAGCGUUAGGACCGUUUUGUUUGUCUACGUCACGCAACUCCCACAAUCUGUCAGAUUCAAGAUGGCUGCCGGGGAUAACAGCGGCAGGCCUCCCUGCCUAAAUUUAUCAGGCCCAGGGCCUUUAGGAAAUGGUCAGCCCAGCAACAGUGCUUAUUCAAUGCCUACGUCCAACGGCGGGCCUGCUGGUGCGGCAGGAGGGGCUCAGGGGGCUGCAAGGCGCCCCAACCCGCAGUCGGGGCCUGGCGGAGGUGAAAGCGCCGGUGUUGUUGCUGGAAUUCCACAUAACGCGAAUCAGCAAGCGCUAGUUCAAAGCGCUUCGGCAGGAGAGAUGGCGACCUCCGCUACGAACAUGACAGCGACUGCGGCAUCGAAUGCGUCCGCUGCGAGUAUACCAGCGACCCAUUCCUCGUUAUCGUCAACACCAGCGGCCGCUGCUGUUUUGGUGUACCGGGAGCCCGUGUACAACUGGCAGGCGACGAAAAGCACCAUAAAGGAACGGUUUGCUUUCCUGUUCGAUAACGAGGUUCUGAGUGACGUUCAUUUUCUGGUGGGGAAAGGUAUGGGAGUGCAGCGAAUACCCGCACACAGGUAAGAACGAACGUGUCUUUCCCUUAUUAUAACUAUAGUUUGUCAACAAAGGAUGGUUAGUAGAAGGUUCAGAAAUUCGUUUUGUGUUUGUUAAUCCAAGCGACUUUGAUGCAUAGUGGUGAAAGGCAUUGUUUUGACGUCUUUUCGCUUUUUGUUUUGGUUAGAUUCGUUCUUGCUGUGGGCAGCGCAGUCUUCGAUGCCAUGUUCAACGGGGGUAUGGCGACCACCUCAACGGAAAUCGAGCUGCCAGAUGUCGAACCUGCAGCCUUUCUGGCAUUACUGAAGUAAGAAAUGCCUUCUGGUUUAGAGAUGUUCCUAUCAUAAUAGGCCAGAUAUACUCACAUCCAAAGUGUUUUGCACAAAAAGUGUAUUGGCAUUAUAUAGUAUGCAGAAUGCAGCCUUACACUGACCUGGUAUUGAACCCAGGUCAUUUGUGCCACAAGACUGUUAGUCCACUGAGUGUAUAGGUCCCCUGCUAUCAGUCAUCUAAUCUUGUACCCCUCCAGGUUCCUGUACUCUGAUGAGGUCCAGAUAGGGCCUGAGACGGUGAUGACCACUCUGUACACGGCUAAGAAGUAUGCAGUGCCAGCCCUGGAGGCCCACUGUGUGGAGUUCCUCAAGAAGAACCUGCGGGCAGACAAUGCCUUCAUGCUGCUCACUCAGGUAUUACUGUAAUGUCUGUCUGGGGUGCAGUGUCUAAAACAAGUCAAUCACCAGUGUCUGAUUGUGUGGCCUGACCCAGUAUCAAAAUAACUCCACUACAGUCUCUCUGAUUGUCUCAAAACAAUAGCACUCGUCAGUCCCAAAGCAGGAUUCGUAUGGAUUCUUGGUCAGUUUAUGUAAGUAAACUACUGUUUACUGUGUGUGAGUCUCUGAUCGAUGUACAACCGUGUGUGUUUCAGGCUCGACUGUUCGAUGAGCCCCAGCUUGCCAGCCUGUGUCUAGAGAACAUCGAUAAGAACACUGGAGAUGCACUCGCCGCUGAAGGCUUCACUGACAUAGAUCUGGGUAUUGUAGUUCACUCUGGAUUUUGUAGUUCACUCUUCAUAUUGAAAUGCAUUCUUGAAAUGCUCAUGGCAAUGUUUCCGUGUAUCAUGACGACUUCUCUUUCCCUCCUUUUCACUCUCUCUCCCCUUCUAUCUUUGUCAUCCCUUCUUUCCUUCUCUUCUACCCCUCUCUCUGUCUUCUUAUCCUCUUCUCUCUUUCCAUCUUGUCCACUCCCUCCAUCUUUCUACAUCCUCUUUCAGAUACAUUGGUGGCUGUGCUGGAGAGGGACACUCUGGGGGUGAGGGAGGUGCGUCUGUUUGUGGCGGCGGUGCGCUGGGCAGAGGCAGAGGCCCACCGGCAGCAGCUACAGCCCACCCCAGAGAACAAACGCAGGGUCCUGGGCAAGGCCCUCGCCCUGAUCCGCUUCCCACUCAUGACUAUCGAGGAGUUUGCUGCAGGUAACACACACUGUUAGUAAUUUUUUGCACUAUCAGAAUACAGAACCUUUGCCAUCCCCUGCAGGAGUUAUGUGUAUGUCUCUUUCUCACUACCUCACGCUGACGUGUCCUCCUUUCCCCGCUGUGUGUCUCCAACCAGGGCCGGCCCAGUCUAGUAUCCUGACAGACAGGGAGGUGGUGAGUCUGUUCCUUCACUUCACAGUGAACCCAAAGCCCCACGUAGAGUUCAUCGACCGGCCUCGCUGCUGCCUCCGGGGGAAGGAGUGCAGCAUCACACGCUUCGGACAGGUGGAGAGCCGCUGGGGCUACAGCGGAACCAGUGACCGCAUACGGUGAGAACACACCGACCCAAAUUGAACUAUGACCCACGCAUACACACACACAGGGAUACUAAUUUAAUUAGAAAAAUAUUGCCUCAGGACAUCAUCUAUCCCUCCUAGCCUCACCUAUCCUCUCCUCCUCUCCCAGAUUUUCAGUGAACAGGAGGAUCUUUGUGGUGGGCUUUGGCCUCUACGGCUCCAUACACGGCCCCACAGACUACCAAGUCAACAUCCAGGUAAUGUCCACCUCAACUAACCAAAUCAGUCAAUCAAUCACAUUUAAUUUGUAUAGACCGAAUACAUUGGAACAAAUAGACUCCCUUCUCCUCCCUCUCAGAUAUUUGUCUCUCCUAAAUAAUUGAAGAGAGUAUAUAUGUUCCUGUGUAUACGUGUAUGUCAACUGUGUGUUGGGGCAGAAUGUGUGACGUCUGUGUCCCAAAUGGCAACCUGAUCCCUUUAUAAUGCACUGCUUUUGACCAGGGCCCAUAGUAGUGCACUAUAAAGAGAAUAAGGUGCAAUUUGGGACUCAGACGAUGUUUCUAUAAUGUGUCCCUCUCUCGUCCCAGAUCAUUCAUACAGACAGUAACACAGUGCUGGGUCAGAACGACACAGGCUUCAGCUGCGACGGCUCGUCCAACACCUUCAGAGUCAUGUUCAAGGAGCCGGUGGAGAUCCUGCCCAACGUCAACUACACAGCCUGCGCCACACUCAAGGUACAGCCUUUACUGGUUUUGAUGGUGUUAUUUCCUCACUGGAUAGCUGUGGUCCUGUUCUGGCUAUGUGAGUAACCACAGUGACGCUUUUGGUAUCCCUCUCUUUAUUCCCUCUUCCUUCACUCUGUCCUCUUCCUAUCUCCAUCCCUCCCUCUCUUGUUCCCCUCUUUUCUCAUUUCUCACUCCCUCCCUUUCUCUCUCAGGGUCCUGACUCUCACUACGGGACCAAGGGCAUGCGUAAGGUGACCCACGAGUCGUCCUCAACCGGCAUCAAGACCUGCUUCACCUUCUGCUACGCUGCAGGGCAACAACAACGGCACCUCUGUAGAGGACGGACAGAUCCCCGAGGUCAUCUUUUACACAUAGUCCCCUCUGACCUGACCUUACGACCUCAGAGGGCUCGGGGAUCACGGGACUGCUGAGAGACUCUGGCCCUGUUUGAAUAUGUAUCAAAUACCUAUCUUCACCCUGUGGACCUUCCUUGGUGAUGUACAGUAUAUCUGAUCGUAGGUGAUUGGUGGAUUGUUGAAUGUACUGUGGUAUAGUGGAAGCCUUGCUUUCACGCAGCCAGACCUGUCAGUGGUGAGGGCACAGAGGUUGGGAGAAGGCAUUUGUCAACUAUUCAAACAUGGUCUUUUUCUUUCUCUCAACUCCCCCUUCCGUUACCCACCAACUGUGGAGAGGAGCCUGUUUGAUGUUGGGGGAGGGGGGGAGUAAAUUCUGAGUCAGCUUGUUUAACUGUUACUAUGACAAUCAUCUUGUCUGCUGAGGGAGAGAAAGGGAGGACUGGGCCUCCAUACUCUGGCUUCCAGAGUCCUGGGGUUAAGCCCCAGAAUGGACUCGGGGAAGAGUCUUAAACUGGUCAGAACUAUUUGCAUGGGAAAAGGAGGAACGCUUGACAUGUAUUUAAGUACCACCCCCUGUCUGCCUGUAGCCAAAAGCAUACGAAGGAAUGAGAUGUAUCCAGGGGCUCUAAUGUAUGUACAGACUGUUACACUACCAAUCAGAAAGGUUUGUUCAAAUAGGAUCCAUC